AUGGAGGUCAUUUAUGGCCAUGAAGAAAUACAGGACGACGAGGUGGUGCUGCAGUGCACGGCGGCCGCCCACAAGGAGCAGCAGAAACUGUGCCUGGCGGCGGAAGGAUUUGGCAACAGGCUCUGUUUCCUGGAGUCCACCUCCAAUUCCAAGAAUGUCCCCCCAGACCUCUCCAUCUGCACCUUUGUGCUGGAACAGUCCCUCUCUGUCCGGGCCCUACAGGAGAUGCUGGCGAACACGAUGGAGAAGUCAGAAGGGAAAUUCAUGAUGAAGACUGCUCAAGGGGGUGGUCACCGGACACUCCUCUACGGACACGCCAUCCUGCUGCGCCACUCCAACAGCGGCAUGUACCUGUGCUGCCUGUCCACCUCCCGGUCUUCAACUGACAAGCUGGCCUUUGAUGUUGGCUUGCAAGAGGACACAACAGGCGAGGCUUGCUGGUGGACCAUACACCCCGCCUCCAAGCAGCGGUCCGAGGGAGAGAAGGUGCGAGUUGGCGAUGACCUCAUCUUAGUGAGUGUGUCCUCCGAAAGGUACCUGCACCUGUCCUAUGGCAGCGGCAGCGGCAGCCUGCACGUGGACGCCGCUUUCCAGCUGACGCUCUGGAGCGUGGCCCCCAUCAGCUCAGGAAGUGAAGCGGCCCAAGGGUACCUGAUUGGCGGCGACGUCCUGAGGUUGCUGCACGGACACAUGGACGAGUGCCUCACCGUCCCCUCUGGGGAGCAUGGGGAGGAGCAGCGGAGAACUGUCCAUUAUGAAGGUGGUGCCGUGUCUGUCCACGCCCGGUCCCUGUGGAGACUGGAGACGCUGAGAGUUGCGUGGAGUGGGAGCCACAUACGGUGGGGCCAGCCUUUCCGACUGCGGCACGUCACCACGGGAAAGUACCUGAGUCUCAUGGAAGACAAGAACCUUCUCCUUAUGGACAAAGAGAAAGCCGACGUGAAGUCUACGGCCUUCACCUUCCGCUCCUCCAAGGAAAAAUUGGAUGCAGGGGUGAGAAAGGAAGUUGAUGGCAUGGGAACCUCUGAGAUCAAGUAUGGAGACUCGGUCUGCUACAUACAGCAUGUGAACACAGGCCUGUGGCUGACUUACCAGGCUGUGGACGUGAAGUCUGUGAGGAUGGGAGCCAUACAGCGCAAGGCCAUCAUGCAUCACGAAGGCCACAUGGACGACGGCAUAAACUUGUCCAGGUCGCAGCACGAAGAGUCGCGGACAGCGCGGGUCAUCCGGAGCACCGUCUUCCUUUUCAACAGGUUUAUAAGGGGCCUGGAUGCUCUGGGCAGGAAGGCGAAGGCGCCCCCAGUGGACUUGCCCAUCGAGUCGGUCAGCCUGAGCCUGCGGGACCUGAUCAGCUACCUGCACCCGCCGGCCGAGCACCUGGAGCACGAGGACAGGCAGAACCGGCUGCGGGCCCUGAAGAACCGGCAGAACCUCUUCCAGGAGGAGGGGAUGAUCAGCCUCGUGCUCCAGUGCGUGGACCGGCUGCACGUCUACAGCAGCGCCGCCCACUUUGCCGAGGUCGCUGGCAGAGAGGCGGGGGAGUCCUGGAAGUCCAUUCUGAAUUCCCUGUAUGAGUUGCUGGCGGCUCUAAUUAGAGGAAAUCGUAAAAACUGUGCCCAGUUUUCUGGCUCCCUCGACUGGCUGGUCAGCCGACUGGAAAGACUGGAAGCUUCUUCUGGUAUUCUUGAAGUUUUGCACUGUGUGUUAGUAGAAAGUCCAGAAGCUCUAAAUAUUAUCAAAGAAGGGCAUAUUAAAUCCAUUAUUUCACUUUUAGACAAGCAUGGAAGAAAUCACAAGGUUCUGGACGUCUUGUGCUCUCUCUGCGUUUGCCACGGGGUGGCAGUCCGUUCCAACCAGCAUCUCAUCUGUGACAAUCUCCUGCCUGGAAGGGACCUGUUACUGCAGACACGCCUGGUGAACCAUGUCAGCAGCAUGAGGCCCAACAUUUUCCUGGGCGUCAGCGAAGGCUCUGCACAGUAUAAGAAGUGGUACUAUGAACUGAUGGUGGACCACACAGAGCCCUUCGUGACGGCCGAAGCCACCCACCUGCGCGUGGGCUGGGCGUCCACGGAAGGGUACUCUCCCUACCCCGGAGGGGGCGAGGAGUGGGGCGGGAACGGCGUUGGAGACGACCUCUUUUCCUAUGGAUUUGAUGGCCUGCACCUCUGGGCAGGCUGUAUCGCCAGCACCGUGAGCUCGCCAAACCAGCACCUGCUGAGGACGGAUGACGUCAUCAGCUGCUGUUUAGAUCUGAGUGCCCCAAGCAUCUCAUUCCGAAUUAAUGGACAGCCUGUUCAGGGGAUGUUUGAGAACUUCAACAUCGAUGGCCUCUUCUUUCCCGUUGUUAGUUUCUCUGCGGGAAUCAAGGUACGCUUUCUGCUUGGGGGGAGACACGGAGAAUUUAAAUUCCUUCCCCCACCGGGCUAUGCUCCUUGUUACGAAGCUGUGCUGCCAAAAGAAAAGCUGAAAGUGGAACACAGCCGCGAGUACAAGCAGGAGAGAACUUACACCCGGGACCUGCUGGGCCCCACAGUUGCCCUGACCCAAGCCGCCUUCACGCCGGUCCCCGUGGACACCAGCCAGAUCGUGUUGCCCCCCCACCUGGAGAGGAUAAGAGAAAAGCUGGCGGAGAACAUCCAUGAGCUCUGGGUUAUGAAUAAAAUUGAACUUGGCUGGCAGUAUGGCCCGGUCAGAGAUGACAACAAGAGGCAGCACCCGUGUCUGGUGGAGUUCUCCAAGCUGCCGGAGCAAGAACGCAACUACAACCUGCAGAUGUCGCUCGAGACCCUGAAGACCUUGUUGGCAUUAGGAUGCCACGUGGGUAUAUCGGAUGAACAUGCUGAGGAAAGGGUGAAAAAGAUGAAGCUCCCCAAGAAUUACCAGCUGACAAGUGGCUACAAGCCGGCACCGAUGGACCUGAGCUUUAUCAAACUCACCCCGUCCCAGGAAGCAAUGGUGGACAGACUGGCAGAAAAUGCUCACAACGUGUGGGCCCGGGACCGGAUCCGGCAGGGCUGGACCUACGGCAUCCAGCAGGACGUCAAGAACAGAAGAAACCCACGCCUUGUGCCCUACACCCUUCUCGAUGACAGAACCAAGAAGUCCAACAAGGACAGCCUCCGGGAGGCGGUGCGCACGCUGCUGGGGUACGGGUACAGCCUGGAGGCGCCCGACCAAGACCACGCUGCCCGAGCAGAAGUGUGCAGCAGCCCCGGGGAACGGUUCCGGAUCUUCCGGGCUGAGAAAACCUACGCCGUGAAGGCGGGAAGGUGGUACUUUGAGUUCGAGGCUGUCACUGCUGGGGACAUGCGCGUUGGCUGGAGCAGGCCAGGCUGCCAGCCUGAUCAGGAGCUGGGCUGCGAUGAACACGCCUUCGCCUUUGAUGGCUUCAAGGCCCAGCGGUGGCACCAGGGCAAUGAGCACUAUGGUCGCUCCUGGCAAGCAGGCGAUGUCAUGGGGUGCAUGGUGGACAUGACAGAGCGCACCAUGAUGUUCACACUGAAUGGCGAAAUCCUCCUUGAUGACUCAGGGUCAGAACUGGCUUUUAAGGACUUUGAUGUUGGUGACGGGUUCAUACCUGUGUGCAGCCUUGGGGUGGCUCAGGUGGGAAGGAUGAACUUUGGAAAGGACGUGAGCACCUUGAAGUAUUUCACCAUCUGUGGCUUACAGGAGGGCUACGAGCCAUUCGCCGUUAAUACAAAUAGGGAUAUUACCAUGUGGCUAAGCAAGCGACUUCCUCAGUUUCUCCAGGUUCCAUCAAACCAUGAACACAUUGAGGUGACCAGAAUAGACGGCACCGCGGACAGCUCUCCGUGUUUAAAGGUCACUCAGAAGUCCUUCAGUUCCCAGAACAGCAGCACGGACAUCAUGUUCUACCGGCUGAGCAUGCCCAUCGAGUGCGCAGAGGUCUUCUCCAGGACGGCCGCCGGGGGGCUCCCGGGUGCCGGCCUCUUCGGGCCCAAGAGUGAUCUGGAGGAUUACGACGUGGAUUCUGAUUUUGAGGUUCUGAUGAAGACAGCUCAUGGCCAUCUGGUGCCCGAUCGAGGGGACAAAGACAAAGAAGCUACGAAACCAGAGUUUAAUAACCACAAAGAUUACGCGCAGGAAAAGCCCUCUCGUCUGAAACAAAGAUUUUUGCUUAGAAAAACAAAGCCGGAUUACAGCACGAGCCAUUCCGCGAGGCUCACUGAGGACGUCCUUGCGGAUGAUCGAGAUGACUACGACUACCUGAUGCAGACAUCCACGUACUAUUACUCGGUGAGGAUCUUCCCUGGACAGGAGCCGGCCAGCGUCUGGGUGGGCUGGGUCACGGCCGACUUCCACCAGUACGACACGUGCUUCGACUUGGACAGAGUUCGCACCGUCACCGUGACUCUGGGAGAUGAAAAAGGGAAAGUGCACGAGAGCAUCAAACGCAGCAACUGCUACAUGGUGUGUGCGGGCGAGAGCAUGAGCCCCGGGCAGGUCCGCAACAACAACGGGCUGGAGAUCGGCUGCGUGGUGGACGCCGCCAGCGGGCUGCUCACCUUCACGGCCAACAGCAAGGAGCUGAGCACCUACUACCAGGUGGAGCCAAGCACCAAAUUAUUUCCUGCAGUUUUUGCACAAGCUACAAGUCCCAAUGUUUUCCAGUUUGAGUUGGGAAGAAUAAAGAAUGUGAUGCCUCUCUCGGCGGGACUCUUCAAGAGCGAGCACAGAAACCCCGUGCCUCAGUGUCCCCCGCGCCUCCACGUGCAGUUCCUGUCCCACGUCCUGUGGAGCAGAAUGCCCAACCAGUUUCUGAAGGUGGACGUGUCACGGGUCAGCGAGCGCCAGGGCUGGCUGGUGCAGUGCGUGGACCCCCUGCAGUUCAUGUCCCUGCACAUCCCCGAGGAGAACAGGUCCGUGGACAUCCUGGAGCUGACGGAGCAGGAGGAGCUGCUGCGCUUCCACUCGCACACCCUGCGGCUGUACUCGGCCGUGUGUGCCCUGGGCAACCACCGCGUGGCACACGCGCUCUGCAGCCACGUGGACGAGGCACAGCUGCUGUACGCCAUCGAGAGCAAGUACAUGCCCGGCCUGCUGCGCGCGGGCUACUACGACCUGCUCAUCGACAUCCACCUGAGCGCCUACGCCACCGCGCGGCUCAUGAUGAACAACGAGUUCAUCGUGCCCAUGACCGAGGAGACCAAGAGCAUCACGCUUUUCCCCGACAAGCACAAGGAGCACGGGCUGCCGGGCAUCGGCCUCAGCACCUCGCUGCGGCCGCGCAUGCGCUUCUCCUCGCCUAGCUUUGUGUGCCUCAAUCACGACUGCUACCAGUACAGCCCCGAGUUCCCACUGGACACGCUCAAGGCCAAGACCAUGCAGAUGCUGACCGAGGUGGUGCAGGAGGGCGGACUGCGCGCGAGGGACCCCGUAGGGGGCACCACUGAGUUCCUCUUCGUGCCCCUUAUCAAGCUCUUCUACACGCUGCUCACAAUGGGUGUCUUCCAAGGGGAGGACCUGAAGCACAUCCUGCAACUGAUUGAGCCCCGGGUGUUCAAGGAGGCCUCCCUGGAGGAGGAGCACCAGGCACCACUCAAGGAGCCCCACACCGAAGAUGCCAGGCCCGAGGGCAUACGAGGGGAUGCGGCAGAGGGGCUGCUGCAGAUGAAACUGCCUGAGCCUGUGAAGCUCCAGAUGUGCCUGCUCCUGCAGUACCUCUGCGACUGCCAGGUCCGACACCGCAUAGAAGCCAUUGUGGCCUUUUCAGACGACUUUGUCGCUAGGCUCCAGGACAACCAGCGCUUCCGCUAUAACGAAGUCAUGCAAGCCCUGAACAUGUCGGCCGCACUCACAGCCCGGAAGACUAAGGAGUUCAGGUCGCCCCCACAAGAACAGAUCAAUAUGCUUCUCAAUUUUAAGGAUGACAAAAACGAGUGUCCAUGUCCAGAGGAAAUUCGAGACCAACUCUUAGAUUUUCAUGAAGAUCUGAUGGCACAUUGUGGAAUUGAGCUGGAUGACGAUGGGUCUCUGGACGGAAGCAGUGACCUAACAAUUAGAGGGCGCCUGCUGUCCCUGGUGGAGAAGGUGACGUCCCUGAAGAAGAAGCAAGCUGACAAGCCAGCGGAGAGUGCCUCCGACAAGUCCUCCACUCUUCAGCAGCUGAUCUCUGAGACGAUGGUGCGGUGGGCUCAGGAGUCUGUCAUCGAGGACCCCGAGCUGGUGAGGGCCAUGUUCGUGCUGCUUCACCGGCAGUACGACGGCAUCGGGGGCCUGGUCCAGGCCCUGCCCAAGACCUACACCAUCAGCGCUGUCUCCGUGGAGGACACCAUCAACCUGCUGGCCUCCCUGGGCCAGAUCCGCUCUCUGCUGAGUGUGAGGAUGGGCAGAGAAGAGGAGAAGCUCAUGAUUCGGGGACUAGGGGACAUUAUGAAUAAUAAAGUGUUUUACCAGCACCCUAACCUCAUGAGGGCACUGGGGAUGCACGAGACAGUGAUGGAGGUCAUGGUGAACGUCCUUGGCGGUGGGGAGUCCAAGGAGAUCACUUUUCCCAAGAUGGUAGCCAACUGUUGUCGUUUCCUCUGUUACUUCUGUCGGAUAAGCCGGCAGAACCAAAAAGCUAUGUUUGACCAUCUCAGUUACUUAUUGGAAAACAGCAGUGUUGGUCUAGCUUCGCCAGCGAUGAGAGGGUCGACGCCCCUGGACGUGGCGGCAGCCUCGGUGAUGGACAACAAUGAGCUGGCCUUAGCUCUGCGCGAGCCGGACCUGGAGAAGGUCGUCCGGUAUUUGGCCGGCUGUGGACUGCAGAGCUGCCCAAUGCUGGUGGCCAAGGGCUACCCAGAUAUCGGCUGGAACCCAGUCGAAGGGGAAAGAUAUCUCGACUUUCUCAGAUUUGCUGUUUUCUGUAACGGGGAGAGUGUGGAGGAGAACGCGAACGUGGUGGUGCGGCUGCUCAUCCGCAGGCCCGAGUGCUUCGGCCCCGCCCUGCGCGGCGAGGGUGGGAACGGGCUCCUCGCAGCCAUGGAGGAGGCCAUCAAAAUCGCCGAGGACCCUUCUCGAGAUGGCCCCUCACCAACCAGCGGGUCCAGCAAAACUCCUGACACAGCGGAGGAGGACAACACCAUCCACAUGGGGAAUGCCAUCAUGACCUUCUAUGCGGCUUUGAUCGACCUGUUAGGACGUUGUGCUCCUGAAAUGCAUCUGAUUCACGCCGGGAAGGGGGAAGCCAUCAGGAUCAGAUCCAUUUUGAGGUCCCUGAUUCCACUGGGAGAUUUGGUGGGCGUGAUCAGCAUCACCUUCCAGAUGCCUGCGAUAGCCAAAGGUGAGGUCCCUCUGAGUGGCGAAGGCCUGUCUGAACCAAAUGUCACUUCCUCCUCCCGUUUGAUUUGUUUCUGUUUCCCUGGAAUGAUCCAUGACAGUGACACAGCGGAGGAGGACAACACCAUCCACAUGGGGAAUGCCAUCAUGACCUUCUAUGCGGCUUUGAUCGACCUGUUAGGACGUUGUGCUCCUGAAAUGCAUCUGAUUCACGCCGGGAAGGGGGAAGCCAUCAGGAUCAGAUCCAUUUUGAGGUCCCUGAUUCCACUGGGAGAUUUGGUGGGCGUGAUCAGCAUCACCUUCCAGAUGCCUGCGAUAGCCAAAGAUGGGAAUGUGGUGGAGCCUGACAUGUCUGCGGGGUUCUGCCCAGAUCACAAGGCAGCCAUGGUUUUGUUCCUUGACAGGGUCUAUGGCAUUGAGGUUCAGGAUUUCCUCCUCCACCUCCUGGAGGUUGGCUUUCUGCCAGAUCUCCGGGCUGCUGCUUCCUUAGACACGGCUGCUUUGAGUGCUACGGACAUGGCCUUGGCCCUCAAUCGGUACCUCUGCACGGCCGUGUUGCCUUUGUUAACAAGAUGUGCUCCUCUUUUUGCUGGCACAGAGCACCACGCUUCCCUCAUCGACUCGUUGCUUCAUACCGUGUACAGACUUUCUAAGGGCUGCUCACUGACCAAAGCUCAGAGGGAUUCCAUAGAAGUUUGUUUGCUCUCUAUCUGUGGCCAACUGAGACCUUCUAUGAUGCAGCACUUACUCAGGAGAUUCGUGUUUGAUGUCCCGCUGUUAAAUGAGCAUGCAAAGAUGCCCCUCAAGCUGCUGACCAACCACUAUGAAAGGUGCUGGAAGUACUACUGUCUGCCGGGCGGGUGGGGGAACUUCGGAGCUGCCUCAGAGGAAGAACUUCAUUUAUCAAGAAAAUUGUUCUGGGGCAUUUUUGAUGCCCUGUCUCAAAAGAAAUAUGAACAAGAGCUUUUCAAACUGGCUCUGCCGUGCCUGAGUGCGGUGGCGGGCGCACUGCCCCCGGACUACAUGGAGUCAAACCAUGUGGGCAUGAUGGAGAAGCAGUCAUCCAUGGAUUCGGAGGGGAACUUCAACCCCCAGCCUGUCGAAACCUCAAAUAUUACGAUUCCUGAGAAGCUGGAAUACUUCAUUAACAGAUACGCUGAGCACUCCCACGACAGGUGGUCCAUGGACAAGUUGGCCAAUGGAUGGAUUUAUGGAGAAACUUAUUCAGACUCAUCUAAAGUUCAACCAUUAAUGAAGCCAUAUAAACUAUUAUCUGAAAAGGAAAAAGAAAUCUAUCGCUGGCCAAUCAAAGAAUCUUUGAAAACGAUGCUGGCUUGGGGCUGGAGAAUUGAGCGCACGCGGGAGGGGGACAGCAUGGCCCUCUACCACCGGACCCGGCGCAUCUCUCAGACCAGCCAGGUUUCUGUGGAUGCUGCUCAUGGGUACAGCCCCCGGGCCAUUGACAUGAGCAAUGUCACACUGUCCAGGGACCUGCAUGCUAUGGCAGAAAUGAUGGCUGAAAACUACCAUAAUAUAUGGGCAAAGAAGAAGAAAAUGGAACUGGAGUCCAAAGGAGGCGGGAACCACCCCCUGCUGGUGCCUUACGAUACGCUGACCGCCAAAGAGAAAGCCAAGGACCGGGAGAAAGCACAGGACAUCCUCAAGUUCUUGCAGAUCAAUGGCUACGCUGUGUCCAGAGGGUUCAAAGACCUGGAGUUGGACGCGCCUACGAUUGAGAAGCGAUUUGCCUACAGCUUCCUUCAGCAGCUCAUCCGCUACGUGGACGAAGCCCAUCAGUAUAUCUUGGAGUUUGAUGGCGGCUGCAGAGGAAAAGGACAGCGUUUCCCUUACGAGCAAGAGAUCAAGUUCUUUGCUAAAGUUGUCCUGCCUCUAAUUGAUCAGUAUUUCAAAAACCAUCGUUUAUACUUCCUGUCUGCAGCGAGCAGACCGCUGUGUUCUGGAGGACAUGCGUCAAACAAGGAGAAGGAAAUGGUGACAAGCCUGUUCUGCAAACUCGGAGUUCUUGUCAGGCAUAGGAUCUCACUGUUUGGAAACGAUGCAGCAUCCAUUGUCAACUGUCUUCACAUUUUGGGUCAGACCCUGGAUGCAAGGACCGUCAUGAAGACCGGCCUGGAGAGUGUGAAGGGCGCACUCAGUGCAUUUCUGGACAGUGCAGCGGAGGACCUGGACAGGACCCUGGAGAACCUGAAGGAGGGCCAGUUCACGCACACCCGCAGCCAGCCGCGGGGCGUCACGCAGAUCAUCAACUACGCGACGGUGGCGCUGCUGCCUGUGCUGUCCUCCCUGUUCGAGCACAUCGGCCAGCACCAGUUCGGGGAGGACCUGAUCCUGGAAGAUGUACAGGUGUCCUGUUAUAGAAUUCUGACGAGCUUAUAUGCUCUGGGAACGAGCAAGAGUAUUUAUGUGGAAAGGCAGCGAUCUGCAGUGGGCGAGUGUCUGGCGGCUUUUGCGGGUGCCUUCCCGGUGGCGUUUCUGGAAACUCAUCUCAACAAACACAACAGCUGCUCCAUCUACAAUACUAGCUCCUCACGGGAGAGAGCAGCUCUCAAUCUGCCAGCCAACGUGGAAGAUGUUUGUCCGAAUAUCCCAUCUUUGGAGAAACUGAUGGAAGAGAUUGUGGAGCUGGCUGAGUCCGGGAUCCGCUACACGCAGAUGCCACACGUGAUGGAAGUGAUCCUGCCCAUGCUCUGCAGCUACAUGUCCCGGUGGUGGGAGCAGGGGCCCGAGAGCAACCCCGAGAGGGCCGGGCUGUGCUGCACGGCACUGAACUCGGAGCACAUGAACACCCUGCUGGGCAACAUCCUGAAAAUCAUCUACAACAACCUGGGGAUCGACGAGGGGGCCUGGAUGAAGAGGCUGGCAGUGUUUUCCCAGCCGAUUAUAAAUAAAGUGAAGCCUCAGCUCCUGAAAACUCAUUUCUUGCCAUUAAUGGAGAAACUGAAGAAAAAGGCAGCUGUGGUGGUCGCGGAGGAAGACCAUCUGAAAGCCGAGGCCAGGGGGGACAUGUCCGAGGCCGAGCUGCUCAUCCUGGACGAGUUCACCACGCUGGCCAGGGACCUCUAUGCCUUCUACCCACUCCUGAUCCGAUUCGUGGACUACAACAGGGCGAAGUGGCUCAAAGAACCGAGCCCGGAAGCCGAGGACCUGUUCCGCAUGGUGGCCGAGGUGUUCAUUUACUGGUCCAAGUCCCACAACUUCAAAAGAGAGGAGCAGAAUUUCGUGGUCCAGAAUGGGGACCCAGGACUGAUGUACUCAUGGAUGGCCGCUGUGUCCGACCAGGAGAGGAAGAAGAUGAGGCGGAAAGGAGACCGCUACUCCGUGCAGACCUCCCUCAUCGUGGCUGCGCUGAGGCGGCUGCUGCCCAUUGGGCUGAAUAUCUGUGCCCCCGGAGACCAGGAGCUCAUUGCUCUGGCCAAGAACCGGUUGAGUAUGAAAGACACUGAGGAUGAAGUCCGAGAUAUAAUCCGCAGUAAUAUUCAUUUACAAGGCAAGUUGGAGGAUCCUGCUAUUAGAUGGCAAAUGGCUCUUUACAAAGACCUGCCGAACAGGCCUGAGGACAGUGCCGAUCCCGAGAAGACGGUGGAGCGAGUCCUGGACAUAGCGAGCGUGCUCUUCCAUCUCGAGCAGGUGGAGCACCCUCAGAGGUCGAAGAAGGCCGUGUGGCACAAGCUGCUCUCGAAACAGCGGAAACGGGCGGUCGUGGCCUGCUUCCGCAUGGCCCCUCUCUACAACCUGCCAAGGCAUCGGGCCGUCAAUCUUUUUCUUCAGGGGUAUGAGAAGUCCUGGAUUGAGACAGAAGAGCAUUACUUUGAGGACAAACUGAUAGAAGACUUAGCGAAACCUGGAGCGGACCCUCCAGAGGAAGACGAAGGCACUAAGCGAGUUGAUCCUCUGCAUCAGCUGAUCCUUCUGUUCAGCCGAACGGCCUUAACGGAGAAAUGCAAACUGGAGGAGGAUUUUUUAUACAUGGCUUAUGCAGAUAUUAUGGCAAAGAGUUGUCAUGAUGAAGAUGACGAUGACAGUGAAGAAGAGGUGAAGAGUUUUGAAGAAAAGGAAAUGGAGAAGCAGAAGCUUCUGUACCAGCAAGCCCGGCUGCAUGAGCGCGGCGCCGCCGAGAUGGUGCUGCAGACCAUCAGCGCCAGCAAAGGUGAAACUGGACCGAUGGUGGCUGCUACUUUGAAACUUGGAAUUGCUAUCCUAAACGGUGGGAACUCCACAGUGCAGCAGAAAAUGCUCGACUACCUCAAGGAGAAGAAGGACGUGGGUUUCUUCCAGAGCCUCGCGGGCCUGAUGCAGUCAUGCAGCGUCCUCGACCUGAACGCCUUUGAGCGGCAGAACAAAGCUGAAGGGCUGGGGAUGGUAACCGAGGAAGGAUCAGGCGAGAAGGUUCUUCAGGACGAUGAGUUCACCUGCGACCUCUUCCGCUUCCUGCAGCUGCUCUGCGAGGGACACAACUCAGAUUUUCAGAAUUACCUGAGGACUCAGACUGGCAACAACACCACCGUGAACAUCAUCAUCUCCACCGUGGACUACCUGCUGCGGGUGCAGGAGUCCAUCAGUGAUUUCUACUGGUACUACUCGGGGAAAGACGUGAUCGAUGAGCAAGGGCAGCGGAACUUCUCCAAAGCAAUUCAAGUAGCAAAACAAGUGUUUAACACUCUCACAGAGUAUAUCCAGGGUCCGUGCACUGGGAACCAGCAAAGUCUGGCCCACAGCCGGCUCUGGGACGCGGUCGUGGGCUUCCUCCACGUGUUUGCCCACAUGCAGAUGAAGCUGUCCCAGGAUUCCAGUCAAAUCGAGCUCCUGAAAGAGCUGAUGGACCUGCAGAAGGACAUGGUGGUCAUGCUGCUGUCCAUGUUGGAAGGUAACGUCGUGAACGGGACCAUCGGCAAGCAGAUGGUCGACAUGCUUGUGGAAUCGUCCAACAACGUGGAGAUGAUCCUCAAAUUCUUCGACAUGUUCUUAAAACUAAAGGACCUGACCUCUUCCGACACGUUUAAGGAAUACGACCCCGACGGCAAGGGCGUCAUCUCCAAGAGGGACUUCCACAAAGCGAUGGAGAGCCACAAGCACUACACGCCGUCGGAGACCGAGUUCCUGCUGUCCUGUGCGGAGACGGACGAGAACGAGACCCUGGACUACGAGGAGUUCGUGAAGCGCUUCCACGAGCCGGCCAAGGACAUCAGCUUCAACGUGGCCGUGCUGCUGACCAACCUCUCGGAGCACAUGCCCAACGACUCGCGGCUGCAGACCUUCCUGGAGCUGGCGGAGAGCGUGCUGCGCUACUUCCAGCCCUUCCUGGGCCGCAUCGAGAUCAUGGGCAGCGCCAAGCGCAUCGAGCGCGUGUACUUCGAGAUCAGCGAGUCCAGCCGCACGCAGUGGGAGAAGCCGCAGGUCAAGGAGUCCAAGCGCCAGUUCAUCUUCGACGUGGUCAACGAGGGCGGCGAGAAGGAGAAGAUGGAGCUGUUCGUGAACUUCUGCGAGGACACCAUCUUCGAGAUGCAGCUGGCGGCCCAGAUCUCCGAGUCGGACCUGAGCGAGCGGUCAGCCAGCAAGGAGGAGAGUGAGAAGGAGAAGCCGGAGGAGCAGAGCCCGCGGACGGGCUUCUUCUCCCUGCUGACCGUCCGCUCGGCCCUGCUGGCGCUCAGGCACAACCUGCUGACGCUCCUGCGCCUGCUCAGCCUGAAGAGCCUGAAGAAGCAGAUGAAGAAGGUGAAGAAGAUGACGGUGAGGGACAUGGUCACGGCGCUCUUCUCCUCCUACUGGGAGGCGCUGGCGAGCCUGCUGCACGUGGUGGCCAGCGUGCUGCGCGGCUUCUCCCGCAUCGUGGGCAGCCUGCUCCUGGGGGGCAGCCUGGUGGAGGGCGCGAAGAAGAUCCGGGUGGCGGAGCUCCUGGCCGACAUGCCGGACCCCACGCAGGACGAGGUGCGGGACGACGGGGAGGAGGGCGAGCGGAAGCCGCUGGAGGCCGCCCUGCCCUCGGAGGACCUCACCGACCUGAAGGAGCUGACGGAGGAGAGCGACCUGCUCUCUGACAUCUUCGGCCUGGACCUGAAGCGGGAAGGGGGGCAGUACAGACUCAUCCCUCACAACCCGAACGCUGGCCUCAGCGACCUCAUGAGCAACCCUGACCCCGUUCCCGAGGCGCCAGAGAAAGUGCAGGAACAGGAGACAAAAGAGGAAGAAAAGGAAGAAAAAGAAGAAAACAGAUCGGAACCCGAGAAAGCCGAGUACGUGUGGUUUCCUUGUUGGCUUGUGCUCUCUCUCCAGGGUACAGAAUGGGGACAGGCUCAGCGCCAGGACCUCGUGCUGGGGCAUCAGAGGCCGGGGUCCCAGAAGUCCAGUGAGCCCUUCAGGGUGUACGUUGCCGUGAGACAUGCUUUUCCUUUUUUUCACCUUCAGAACUAUUUUGCUCGCAACUUUUACAACAUGAGAAUGUUGGCCUUAUUUGUCGCCUUUGCAAUCAACUUCAUCUUGCUCUUCUAUAAGGUCUCCACUUCUUCUGUGGUUGAAGGCAAGGAGCUCCCCCCUCGCAGCGCAAGCGAAAGCGCCAGAGUCAGCAGCCCUGACGACGGCGGUGACGACGCGCCUGGCGUCCUGGCGGUGCACUAUGUGCUGGAGGAGAGCAGCGGCUACAUGGAGCCCACACUGCGCAUCCUGGCCGUGCUGCACACCGUCAUCUCCUUCUUCUGCAUCAUCGGCUACUACUGCCUGAAAGUCCCGCUGGUUAUUUUUAAGCGCGAAAAGGAAGUAGCUCGGAAAUUGGAAUUUGACGGGCUUUACAUUACAGAGCAGCCUUCGGAAGACGAUAUUAAAGGCCAGUGGGAUCGACUCGUAAUCAACACACAGUCAUUUCCCAACAACUACUGGGACAAGUUUGUCAAAAGAAAGGUUAUGGAUAAAUACGGCGAGUUCUAUGGCCGGGACAGAAUCAGCGAGUUGCUUGGUAUGGACAAAGCCGCCCUGGACUUCAGCGACGCCCGGGAGAAAAAGAAACCCAAGAAAGACAGCUCCCUGGCGGCGGUACUGAACUCCAUCGACGUGAAGUAUCAGAUGUGGAAACUCGGAGUCGUUUUCACUGACAAUUCCUUCCUGUACCUGGCCUGGUACAUGACCAUGUCCGUGCUGGGCCACUACAACAACUUCUUCUUUGCUGCUCAUCUUCUCGACAUCGCGAUGGGGUUCAAGACGCUGAGGACCAUCUUGUCGUCAGUAACGCACAAUGGCAAGCAGCUGGUGUUAACCGUGGGCUUAUUAGCCGUUGUCGUCUACCUGUACACGGUGGUGGCAUUCAAUUUCUUCCGAAAAUUCUACAAUAAAAGUGAAGACGGAGACACGCCAGAUAUGAAAUGUGACGACAUGCUGACGUGCUACAUGUUCCACAUGUACGUGGGUGUGCGAGCUGGAGGCGGCAUCGGCGAUGAGAUCGAGGACCCGGCGGGCGAUGAGUAUGAGAUCUAUCGGAUCAUCUUCGACAUCACCUUCUUCUUCUUCGUGAUUGUCAUCCUCUUGGCGAUAAUACAAGGUUUAAUCAUCGAUGCGUUUGGGGAACUGAGAGACCAGCAGGAGCAGGUCAAGGAGGACAUGGAGACCAAGUGCUUCAUCUGUGGGAUAGGCAACGACUACUUCGACACGGUGCCGCACGGCUUCGAAACCCACACCCUGCAGGAGCACAACCUGGCCAACUACCUGUUUUUCCUGAUGUAUCUUAUCAACAAGGACGAGACGGAGCACACGGGGCAGGAAUCUUACGUGUGGAAGAUGUACCAGGAAAGAUGUUGGGAGUUUUUCCCAGCCGGAGACUGUUUCCGGAAACAGUAUGAAGACCAGCUGAAUUAAUUCAGACCCGAUCACCUAGAAACCCUAGCACCCUCACCCUCCGUGGCCCUCUGCGCCUCUCUCUCUCUCUCUCUCUUUCUUUCUCUCUCUCUCUCUCUGGCUCUCUCUCUCUCUCUCUCUCUCUCUAACUCUCUCUGACUCUGUCUCUUGCAAACAUCCGCUGAUGUGGCACUUGCCGCCUUCCAUGCUUUCUGGGAGCAGUGACGCUGUGUCCUGGCUGGGCCUUCCCCACCUCGUGCAUUUUCUUUGAGAAUAAAGACUGAAGAAGAAUCUGUACUCACACGCAGACAACACAGGAACUCCGGAAAGAAAGCCAUCUGGACACUCAGGCAUAACACAGACAGACGUCCUUCCGUCCUUCCGAGACGCUGGGAGCUCCCUGCGGGCAAGGUCACAGGGAAGGCCGGCCGCGCCCUGGGCUCCUCACUUCUCCAUCCUGGGAGGGACCUGGUGGUCCCGCAGCUGCAGUGCCUCCGCCGGUGGCGAAGGAAACAGUGCCUUACUCAGUGGGCUGAGCUAUGCAGAAGACGCGCGCGUGGAGCAUCUUUGUUUUCAUGUCCACUUCGUUUCCUUCGGUUGAUUUUGUGAGUUGUUUCCUUUCUUCUUUUGCUUUGUGGGGAGGGUAGAAAAGCAGGCCGUGCACUUUGCAAGGAGCCGGUGGCCGGUCUCGUGACGAGGGGCUCCUUCAUCCUCCCACUCACGCCCCCCACGGCCCAGCUCCCCUUUCCGCCAUGCUCUGAUGCAACCCUGCAACUCGAUGAAAUCCUUGUGUGAAACAGACUGCAGACAACACACUUUCAAAAGAACUCAUUGCAUGUUUAUGAUGCAAGUUUCAACUGACAGAGAAACCCUCGAGGCCAGCUGGUCCCGCGAGACCGUUCCCUAUCACUGGUCCACGGGACAGAGCGCCGUGGGCCCCCGUGUCCACAGCCAGCACCGUCCACCCACCAUGACCCGCUGUGGACCUGAGCCGUCCCGGGUGGUCCCCUCUUCCCGCCACCUGUGACCAGCGGCUGAGUAAGGACUUCUCGUCCGACCAUUUCUCAAUAUCGAUGCUGAAGCAAUAUCCAUUCAGGGAGUUCAUCGGUUGCAUAAAGCCAUGGGUGGUGAGAUCAGUCACUCCAUUUGGGGUCCUUUUCAGUGGAAGGCUGUUCUUUACAGAGAGAAAGGCAGUUGGGAAUGGAAGCGAGGCCACGUGGCCAACCCUGGGGCUCUUUUAUUUAGGAUUGUAACACUGCUCUGAUUAAACUAUUUAACUAA